GGCUUGAGUAGGUCGCCAGUGGCGCGUUCCACUCCAAUCAUGGCGGCCCCCCAACAGGCUGCGGGCGGCGAGGCUCUGGAAACGUGCGGUCUGGAGAGCAUUUUGGAGGCGCUGAAGCUGCUGCUGAGCCCGGGAGGAUCGGACUCAGGUUCACUACAGAUCACAAAACAUGAUGUCCUGUUGGUUACUUUAAAUUCUAACCUGUCUGCUUUGGAGGACAAAUUGCUGAAGGAUCCUCGCUGGAAGAAACUCAAAUUCCUAAGGGAUGAAAUUGCUAAUAAGGCAGAAUGGCCACAAAACUCUGUGGAUGUCACCUGGAGUUUUACCUCUCAAGCCUUAUUGUUGCUGUUGUGCUUGAAGGAAACCAUGAUCCACCUUGCAGCUGAUUUCAAUCCAGGCAAACCCAACCUGAGGACUCCGGAAGCUGCUCCUGCCCUGAGCCCAGAUACACUUAGUAUCUCCCAGCAGAAGACUGUCCAGUCAGCCUUGCAGUUUGUAGUCACCUUGGGUGUUUGCCCCUAUCUCGUGCCUGGAGUUGGAGUCCCUUUGAGAUGCAGAACUGAGUUUGGGGCCAUUGUUCAGGAUGUGGUGUGUCUCGAUGCUCCUCCUCAUGCGACCCGGAGGCUGUACAGCAGCUGCAGGGUUCUUCUAAAUGUUGCACGUCACACAUCUCUGGGGAGCUUGAUUUUCUGCCGCCAUUUUGGGGAUAUUGCUGCAGGUCUGUGCCAGCUGGGAUUCUGUCCAACCAAGAGAAGCCCACUAAAGCCUGAGGAAGAGGUUUUAACAGAAGAGGAAAGAACGCUAUCUAGGGAGGCCUUGAGAGACAUCUUGGAUCAAGUGUAUCAACCAUUAGCAGUCCGAGAAUUACUUAUCCUCCAGGGAGGACCACCCCAGUCCUGCACAGAUGAGAAGACACAAGUUAGGUGUCGGGCCCCAGCUUGGCUUCGGCGUCUAUGUGGGCAGCUGCUCUCCGAAAGGUUGAUGAGACCCAGCGGUGUUCAGGCAGUAGUCCGGGGCAUUCUGGAAGGAGCAGGUGCUGGGGCGGCUGGUGGGAGUGACGCCGAGGCAGCAGCUGCUGACUGGAAGAAGUGUGACCUGAUUGCCAAGAUUCUGGCCUCUUGUCCCCAGCAGUCUCUUUCAGCAGAGGAUUACUACAGGGAUAUCUGCCCCCAGAUUCCAGAGAGUGACAUGGUGCCAGGGAUCAUUUUGGUGACAGAAGAAGAACUUACUAUGUGUAUUGAGGAUGUAUUUAAGGUAUACGUGGUUGGGAAUGAACCUGUGACAGUUUUAGUGGAUUCCCUGCUUCCCGUCCUGGGAGUGCUCUUUUCUCUCUACUGUUUUACCAAACAAAGUGUAUCUCACAUAAGGUCACUUUGCCAAGAGAUCUUAUUAUGGAUUCUGGGGAAGCUAGAGAGGAAGAAGGCAAUUGCCAGCCUGAAAGGAUUUGCAGGAUUGGACAAAUCUGUGUCCUCUCUUCAUUCUCUGUGUCAGUUUAGAGCUGCCACUCAAGGUGGCAUCAUGGUUACCAUCAAAGAGGCCAUUUGUGAUGAAGAUGAAGAUGAAGCCCUGUACCAGAAGGUGUCCUCAGAGCAGUGCCAGGUAGAGCAUCUUGGGGACUUGUUAGCCCACUGCCAAGAGUGUGGUUUGGCAGGUGACUUCUUCAUCUUCUGCUUGAAGGAGUUGACUCAUGUGGCCAUGGAAAAUGAAGCAGAGUUAAAAACAAAGCCCUUCUCCAGCAAAAGCCUCUUGGAAUUAGAGCAGCACCAAACUCUUGUGGAACGCCAGGAGCAGAAGCUGCUGGUCCUCCAGCUGUUGACUGUUCUCUGCGAGAGGAUGUCUGAGCAGCUAUUCACAAACAUCACUCAGGUUGUGGACUUCGUAGCAGCCACGCUGCAGCGAGCGUGUGCAAGCUUGGCCCACCAGGCAGAGAGUACCGUGGAGUCGCAGACACUGAGUAUGUCCAUGGGGCUGGUGGCUGUCAUGCUGGGAGGAGCGGUUCAGUUGAAGUCAAGUGGUUUUGCUGUCCUGAAGCAGUUGCUGCCUUUGUUGGAGAAGGUCUCCGAGGUGUACCCUGACCCUGUCAUCCAGGAGCUUGCCGUCGAUCUCCAUAUCACCAUCUCUACACACGGGGCCUUUUCCACUGAGGCUGUCAGUGUGGCUGCCCAGAGUACCCUGAACAAAAAGGAUCCAGAAGGGGAGCUAGAAGAGCAACAACAAGCCAGUCAUGAAAGUUACACUGAUGAGUCUCACCUCCAACAACAGCAAAGCCAUGAGAAAUCCAAACAAACGGGCCUGAAAUCUGAUGCUCCACUCAUUCCUCAGGAGGUCAGUGAACCCAGAACUACUACAAACCAGAAAUCUGGAAGUGUAACCACAGACCAGCUCCAGGAGAUUCUCUUAUCAGCUUACGAUCCUCAAAUUCCAACCCGGGCUGCUGCUCUGCGAAGUCUUUCCUGCUGGAUAGAGCGGAGAGAAACAAAAGCCCUUGAGAUGCAGGAGAAGCUUCUCAAGAUAUUCUUGGAGAACUUGGAGCAUGAGGACACCUUUGUUUAUCUGUCUGCCAUUCGGGGGGUUGCCCUGCUCUCAGAUGCAUACCCUGAGAAAAUCUUGCUUGGCUUGUUGGCUCAGUAUGACAGUGAUGAAGACAAGCACACACCGGAGACCAGAAUGAAAGUCGGGGAAGUCCUGAUGCGAACUGUCAGAGCAUUAGGGGACAUGGUCUCAAAAUACAGAGAACCUUUGAUCCACACCUUUCUGAGGGGUGCAAGAGAUCCAGAUAGUGCUCACAGGGCCAGCAGCUUAUCGAACCUUGGAGAACUGUGCCAGAGGCUGGACUUCCUGCUGGGCUCCGUGGUUCAUGAGGUAACAGCUUGCCUGAUUGCUGUGGCUAAAACAGACCGUGAAGUUCAAGUGCGCAGAGCUGCCAUCCACGUGAUUGUACUGCUGCUUCGGGGCCUCAGCCAGAAAGCUACUGAGGUGCUGAGGGAUGUCCUCAAGGAUCUCUACCACCUGCUGAAACACGUGGUGCGCUUGGAGCCUGAUGACGUGGCCAAGCUCCAUGCCCAGCUGGCCCUUGAAGAGCUGGAUGAGAUAAUGAGAAAUUUCCUCUUCCCACCACAGAAGCUGGAGAAAAAGAUUGUGGUUCUGCCAUAGACCUGGCUCAGAGGACAUCAAGGAGGGAUGGCUUUAUGUCUCUGGCCGUUUGCGUCUUCAGGCUGACCUUCCUAAAGCAUCUAUUUAGCCAUCCUGCACCCGGCCUGAAGCAUGUGUCCUUCGAAGACAAAAGAUUACAAAUCUCAUUUAUCUACACAUUUUUCACUGUCCUAUAGCAUUUAGAGAAAGAAGUCUACUUGAUGGAAGUAUAUUUUUAACACGACUGGUAGAAUUUGACUAAUGGACCUUUCUUUUCUUGUCACUUGAACUGAAGAGGUUGAUCACCCUCCUGAGUGGUACAUGUGUCACAUAUCUUGAUAUUCUUCCGUGGUGAGACUGUUCUUCCUUGUGAUAAUGAGGAACAGCCAGAGCUAGUCAUCCUCGGCUGAUCAAGAGGCAGAUCAGAGCACAGAAAUGCAUUUGGAGGCAGGGAGGGGAAGGAAACUGUUAUCAAAAUAGGCAAAAUGGAAUAAAAUUAUUUUAGCUAGAAAGAACAGGUCUGAAUCUGGUCUUCUGCUAUGGAGCUGGAAAGCUGUGGCAUUGAGGAUUUGAUCUCCAGAAAAGAGAGUCGAGCUUGUUGAAUCUUCCAGAGAUGAAGGGUAAGCCCUUUGUUUGUCCUUCUGAGCUAUUUUCUUAGCUCCCUCUGCUACUUUUUUCAUUAAGUUGCCCUGAUUAUAGGACAAAAGAGCCACAGACAUCUCAGAUGAGAGAGUUUAUAUCGUGCAUUCAGUCCUCUGCUCCUUUAGGGAGGAAUGCUUAGACAAUGGGUUGAUUAAACGUGUACUGGAAAGUGUGUAGCAUAUUGGUGACGUGAUGCCAAGUUUAUUGAAAUCAUGUCAGAUGUAGCACUGUGGACUCCUCUUGAUUUAUUUAUAUAUUUUGGCCACUGAAUUUGAUUGCAGCUAAAAGAGAAGACAGAAGGGCGCCUCAGUUGGUUAAGCGCCUG